GCCUGAGGAGCGAGCGAGCUGAGGGAAGAGGUUGAGCUGCUGUUGUCGCCGCCGCCGCCGCUCCUGAGGCCGGUGUCUUGUCCAGUGUAGGGAGCCGCCGCCGAGGAGGGCAAUUGAUCUAUCACAAUGUCCUUCAUAUUCGAAUGGAUUUAUAACGGCUUCAGCAGUGUGCUGCAAUUUCUAGGAUUGUACAAGAAGUCUGGGAAAUUAGUUUUCUUAGGUUUGGAUAAUGCAGGAAAAACCACUCUUCUGCACAUGCUUAAGGAUGACCGACUGGGUCAACAUGUUCCUACAUUGCAUCCAACAUCAGAAGAGUUGACAAUUGCAGGAAUGACUUUUACAACUUUUGAUCUUGGUGGUCACGAGCAAGCUCGGCGUGUUUGGAAGAAUUAUCUACCAGCGAUUAAUGGGAUUGUCUUUUUGGUGGAUUGUGCAGAUCAACCACGUCUUAUGGAGUCCAAAGUGGAGCUUAAUGCACUCAUGACAGAUGAAACAAUAUCCAAUGUGCCAAUUCUUAUCUUGGGUAAUAAAAUUGACAGACCAGAGGCUAUCAGUGAGGAGAAGCUGCGAGAGAUUUUUGGGCUUUAUGGACAGACCACCGGAAAGGGGAAUGUGCCACUGAAGGACUUGAACACGCGUCCCAUGGAAGUGUUCAUGUGCAGUGUACUGAAGCGGCAAGGCUACGGUGAAGGUUUUCGUUGGCUAUCACAGUAUAUUGACUGAUAUUUGGAGAGACAAAUCUUCUCCUGGACUGAUCCUGUUCACAGCUUCCUUUUGGACUUUUCUAUUAGAACAUGGAAGGCUCUUCAACCACAAACUGGCAAUGACCAAGAGACUCCUGUCUUCAGUUACCCUAUAUCACAGUGGUGACACAAUUCUUUUCCCUUUGUCUGGGAGCUAACAUUCUGUACACUCGUGCAGGUUGUCACUUCCAGUUGCCAUUGUUUCCCAUGGAAACCAUGGCUUUGAGUUACGAUGGGGUUGGUAAGCUAGAAUGCAAAACUCUGCACGCAGCACUCUAGUGGCUGGAAAAGAGAACAUGUCUCACCACUGUGGCCAAUUGACCUAAAAGAAAGCAAAUAUAUUUUUUAAAGAAAGUGUUUAAUGUAAACCGUGUCCCUUUAAAUUUCUUAAGUUCGCAUUAAUCUUAUUUGGGCCAGAAUCUGUUAGGAUUUUUAAAAAUCUGUUUAAUGGUAUUUAGAUAGUUCCAACUGACUGAACCAGCUAUCAUGAUAUUCAAAAUCCUUAGCGAACAGAAAGAUGGGUUUAGUUGCCCUUUAAGAUGGUUGUGCUGUCACACUGCUUGAUCAUGAAGAUGGUGCUAUUGGGACUGACUUGUGCAAUGAUUUUUUUUCUUUAAUUUACCAGGGGUUUAGUUGGGGAGGGAAACGGAGCGCACACACAGGCACGCUUGUUCUAGCUUUCCAUGUCAUUAUGUGGAGGAGUCUGAAAUGUGGUUAAUCACUUUGGCCCACCUCUGAAAGUUACAGUUGCUGUCCUCCUCAGCAGUCUUCUUCUCUGCAGCACCAGCAGAAAGGUUGUCUCAGACUUAUGAUACAGGCAACUGCUAAACAAAAUGCAGUAGAAAUCAUGAAUUUGUUUUGUUGGGUUAUUGUAGCAUUAAACUGUUUCAACAAGUGCAUAUCAUAAUACUGUUAAUGUAAACUAACCCUGUUUUAUAUUGAACAGAGCUUGUGUUUGAACUUUCA